AAAAACCAAAGAGAGAGAUAGGAAUAUACGAUACGACGCCGUUCGAACACGACAAUGAGUACCAUGUUAGAUCUCAGCCUUGGAAUCUUCUCUAACCAUCAAGAAGAUCAAGAUCGUAAAGUACCAUUAACCUCAAGUGCCGGUGAAGAAGAAUCUAACCUCUCUUUCUCAUCAUCAUCCUCCACAGAUUCUGCCACCGACAAACGUUUCAUCACCUUUGGUAUACUCAAACGCGACAAUGAUGUUGUUCCUCCUCCUCCUCAUAAAGAAACCGGUGAUCUUUUCCCUGUGAAAGAUGUUUGUUGUCGGAAUAUUGAAUUCUCCGGGGACGACAGUCAUUGGUUGAAUCUGUCGUCGACACAGAGGAAUAAUCAGCAAAUGGUGAAGAAGGGCAGAAGAGGACCAAGGUCACGAAGUUCCCAGUAUCGUGGCGUCACUUUUUACCGUCGCACCGGUCGUUGGGAAUCUCAUAUUUGGGAUUGCGGAAAGCAAGUUUAUUUGGGCGGGUUUGAUACUGCCUACGCAGCAGCAAGGGCAUACGACCGAGCUGCUAUCAAAUUCCGUGGUCUCGACGCAGAUAUCAACUUCGUCGUGGAUGAUUACAGACAGGACAUGGAUAAGAUGAAGAAUUUAAAUAAAGUGGAGUUCGUGCAAACACUUAGGCGACAGAGUGCGAGUUUUGGAAGAGGAAGUUCCAAAUACAAAGGCUUGACUCUUCAAAAUUGCACACAAUUCAAAAGCCAUCAUGAUCAGAUUCAUCUCUUCCAAAACAGGGGAUGGAAUGCCAUAGUCGAAACCAAUGAGUUGGGAAAAGAAGGAGCCAUGAAGUUUGGUGCCCAUAUUAAAGGAAUUGCUCACAGCGGUCUUGAACUUAGUCUUGGUACUUCAUCAGCAUCCGAAAAUAUAAAUUUAACAUCAAGCGACUACGAUAAAGGUAUCAACCAAUCCACGAUGGGUUUGUCAGGUGAGCAAUCAUCAAUUUAUGUACCGAUGACGAAGACCAUGAACACUUUGAAGACAGUUGCAGCAUCAUCAGGAUUCUACACCCUUUAUUUUUAA